CCGAGACCGUCCUGAGAUCUGAAACCGCCAUCUGAGGUGAGGAAAUAUGAUGUGCAGUCGCAGCUCACGGUCAGUUGAUAUCGUUGCAUUUCGAGAAUAUCGAGAACUUGCAACCAGUGCUACACAACAACAAAUCUCAACAUCGAAGGACAAAAACGUUAUUUUAAAUUCGUACAACUCGUCUUCACUGUCCGUCAAUCUUUCGAAACCAUUCCACGCUUCGUGUUGUCCAUUUGCAUCAAUAUGAGCAGCAAGAUAUUCCGUAUUUUCAACCCUGGAGAGGCCAAGAAAGAUCCAGUGGAGAAGCGGCGAGCACAACUCCGAAGUGCUCAACGGUCAUACCGUGAUCGCAAGGACAAGUACACCAAGUCGCUCGAACAAGAGGUCGAAAGAGCCCAAAACAGAGAAACUGAGCUUAUGAUCCGAUGCGAGCAAAUGUAUGCUGCUCUCGAAUCAUUAACAGAACUACUUUCUCGCCAUGGAAUCGGCGUUCCUGCUGCUUUCGUGGAUAGCUUGAUUAGCAAGAGUGACAGUGGAAUGCAUAGCUCGUUGCAUUCUAGAACGGACGAAACCUUGACUGGAGUGGGAGUCAUCGAAUAUUCGAAAGCUCCAGAGAUAAAAUCAAAAGAUGGUCGGGCGGCUGAUAGAAGCCCAGUCCACGCGAAACUCUAUACGGCGGCUGACAUUGUUGUCGAUGACCUCCAAACGGCAACAGACGCCCUUUCGAGUCGCCAAUACACCGAAAAGAAAGAGACGGACUUGCCGUGGUUGAAGAUUAACACAGCGGUUACCAUGUAUGACUGUGAAGACAACCGAAUGUGCGAGGUUGAUUUAAUCGCAGCAGGUAUGGAGUUUGUUCUAAGGCUCGAAAGACCUUGUCUUGAACAUGUUCAUGGUGACCCCAAGAAACCCGAGGACUCAACCGGUCACAUUUUGACAGUAUCGGCGCGAACUCUAUCUUUACAUACAGACCCAUCACGGCCGAACGAGAAAGAUUGUGUUGGUACUCCGUCGUACGAAGGCGCACCCCGGGAUAUCUUAGAACGGAUCUUGGCUCUCUCUCCGCACGUUUGCUUCGACGGGGAGAUGACGCCAGCUCAGGCGUGGAAAUAUAUACGGAGCCAACCUCACUUUGGUGGCAUCGAGUUGCGAAGAUUAUGGGCGCUUGCUGAUAAAUUAAUGGAGGGCAUCAAAUGUCAUGGUUUUGGUGCUGUGAUCGAGACCCAGAAUUUCCAGACAUUGGUAUACGAUGCUCUGCUGCUCGGGACGCAAUUCUAAAAGGAGCUAUUCUUAAUUCAACAAUGGCUAGCUCUAGAGUUUGGCAAUAUGAUUGCCGAUGUCCAAGGAUUGUGUUGAACG